AUGGCCGAGCCGAUCCUACUGCAGCCCGUUGAUUAUGUUGUAACUACGCUAAUGUUGUUGUUUCCUCUGGGCAUUGGUGUUUAUUUCGCUGUCAAAGAUUCCAAGAAUGCCACCAGAGAUGAGUACUUGUUGGGUGGACGACGUAUGUCCAUGCUGCCCGUGGCCUUGUCCAUGUUUGUCACGUUCAUUUCGGCGAUUGCUCUUGUGGGAGCGCCUUCAGACAUCUACUACUACAGCGUCAUGACGAUCACCCCCUUCAUCGGGUUCUCUUUGAGCUACAUCGUGGGCAUCUACACCAUGAUUCCUCUGAUCUACCCUCUCCACCUGACAAGCCUCUACGAGUACCUGCUGCUGCGGUUCGAGUCCGACGUGGUGCGGAUUAGUGCCGUCUGCCUAGGUAUGCUACAGACACUCAGCUACAUGGGAAUCGCCCUGUUGACGCCAGCACUUAGUCUUCAGGCAGCUGCAGGAAUCCCUCUGUGGAUGUCUGUGGCGAUCGUGGGCGCCAUCGGAACUCUGUACACGGCUCUGGGAGGCAUCAAAAGUGUCGUCUGGGCAGACGCCUUUCAGUGUUUGGUCAUGUUUGGUGGACUUAUGGCGGUCAUCGUCAAAGGAAGUCUCACUGUGGGUGGAGGUAACGCCGUCUUUGAGGCAGCCAUGGCUGGCGGGAGAAUCCGCUUCUCCGAGAUCGACCCUGACCCUAGGACCAGGUUCUCCUGGUGGAGCAUCACCAUCGGAGGCAUGUUUGUCUGGUUCGCCAACAUCUUCAACCAAUCGAUGAUCCAGCGAGUCUCGGCCAUGAAGACGAUGAGGGAGGCCAAGAUCUCCUUCCUGCUCAACGUUCCCAUCCUGCUGUCGUUCGCAGCCAUGUUGGCGGCAUGUGGCAUCGUCCUCUACGCCUACUUUCAUUUCCUGCGAUGUGAUCCCUUCGAGGCCGGACUCAUUACUAGCAGGAACCAGCUGACUCCGUACUUCGUCCUGCAUGUACUCAGAGAUCUACCAGGGAUGUCCGGACUCUACAUGGCCACCCUGUUUAGUGCCGCCCUGAGUACUGUCUCCUCAGGUAUCAAUGCGCUGGCCGCCAUCACUGUAGAAGACUUCUUCAAGAGACCUCUAGCGAGGAUUUCAGAAAACACAGCCACACUGAUCACUAAGCUGAUUGUUUGUUUCUACGGGGUCUGCAGCGUCGGACUCGCCUAUGGCGCCAACUCCGUCAAGGGACCACUGACGCAGAUCGGUCUGUCCAUAUUUGGCGCCUGUGGGGGUCCUACGUGCGGGGUUUUCUUUCUAGGCGCUCUGAUCCCCUGGGCCAACAAAUAUGGCGCUUUCACUGGGGGCGUCCUUGGCCUUGGGCUCAAUGUGUGGAUGGCAAUAGGAAACCAGAUCUAUGGCAGAAAAAUCAAAUCACUGGAGCCUCCUCCAACAGACUUAUGUCACGGUAACUUAACUACCACAUAUAAUGACACUUUCACAUACAUUACAACUAGCGCGAUGGACUUAUCAGAAAGAUUUCCUCUUAGCUCGACAUCUCCGGGGAUUCCGUCAGAGAAAGACCCAUACGCAUUCGGGUUUUUCCUCUACGACAUUUCUUUCGAGUGGUACGGUCUCACUGGCUGUGUGGUCAGCUUCGGUGUUGGCCUCAUCGUUAGCCUGUGCUCUAGGAAAGCCGUGCAAUCCAAACCCAACCCUAAACUAAUUUUUCCGUUUGCCCGGAGACUGUGGUCGUUGCCGGAGCCUGUACACACAGCAGCCGAUGAGUUCAACAGCGAAGCUGUCAAGAAUAUGAAUCUGUCCAAGAAGAAGCUGCAAGAGUUUAACAACAGACAGUUCUCUUUUGUGAUCAGCGACGCCGAACAGGACAAGGAAGUGACAAGUUUACUAAAUACAGAGAAUCAUAAUAAAUAG